AUGCAGGAUUUUUACCAUCCACAGUACCAGGUCGUGGCUUUGGUGGCAUUCGGUCCCAAAGCCGCCAGCUUCCGAGCGCACCCGAUAGAAUGGCAGCAGCUGCAAGCCCAGGCUGCGGGCGUGCGAUUCUAUCAGUAUGAAAUCGAUGCCGAUGCCCAUGACGGAGACUACAAGCGGGCUUAUGGAGCCGCCAUCCAACAGCUCGUGCAAGAUACCGGCAUUUCUUGCCUCGUCACAGGAGACAUUGACUAUGUGGGCAGCAUGACCACCAAUUUUAUCACAGAAGUUUGUGAGAAGCACGUGCCGUGGUGUGGGGUAGAGUUGCCACUCUGGCAGCAGGACCGUGAGGAGCUGCUACGAGAAAUGUUGUCACCUGAAGUGGACCUGGAUAUCCGGUACACGUGCGUCAAGUCGCCACAUUUCGAUGCCUCGUGGAUAGGACGGCGAUUGGACCAACACGCCGUAGACGAAAUGCGAAGCAAAAGCCAAGGUGGAUUGGAUUUGUCGGGCGAGAACGGCGAAUACCAUACCAUGGUCGUCAAUGGGCCCAUGUACCGAUGUGGCAAGGGUGAUGGUCUUGCUUUCGAUGCUGUGCAGCCGCAUGAACUGGAGCAGCAAAGAGGGCAGCCAUCCGAUCAACGCUGGUUUGUUUGCGACCUGGAGCGAACGAUCCUGCGCCAGCGCUAA